GGGUAGAUAUCAGCUGAAUUAUUCGGCUAAAAUGCCCUGGCACGGGCAUACGUAGUCGUCGGUCCGCCAUUACGACGCAGCCGAGACACGUUUGUCGUAUUUAGUUAAAUAUUUUCGUUUAUAAAUGAGUAAUAACGCUCAUGAACUAAGUAAUCGACUUCUGAAUGCGUUGGAUAACAAUUACAAUGUUGUCGACAUGCAUGCCGUUAACGAAAUCAUAUCCAUAUUGGAGAAAAUCAAUAUUACAAAAGAGCUGUUGGAGACCACCCGACUGGGUAAGCACGUGAACGAACUACGACGGAAGACCUCAGAGCCGACUCUCGCACGCCGCGCCAAGGUGCUCGUCAAGCGUUGGCGGGACCUCGUCAUACCUACCGCUGCCUCGCCUCACCAUGCCGGCUCAAAUCGAUCGUCAGCGGAGCGCACGAUGCGACGGCUCGGCGGCGGCACGCCCAUCACCUCCCCCGCCUUCGCCCGGCAGGUAGUAAGCCCGGCGGUGCCCAGUCCUCGUCCCCCCUCCAGACCUGCGUGGGGCGGCUACGAGUCGGACUCGCAGGACGUCAUCCUCGUGGAUGACGACCCGCCGCCCGCCCCCGCCCCCGCGCCCUCCCCGCUCACGCUCCACGCACACAAGCCAGCCUCCUCACCAGCGAAAAGGCCGCUGUCUCCCGAGGCGCCGAAUGACGACAAAAAAGCAAAACGAGACAAAAAACCUAAGAAACGAAGAGGUCACAGCCGCGCGGGGUCGGGCACGGGGGCGGAGGCGGGGGCGGGGGCGGGCGGCACCACCGCGCGGGGGGCGGGGGCGGGGGCGGGGGCGGCGCCGGGCGGCACCACCACGCCGGCGCCCGGCACCGGCGGCGCGUGGCUGGGCCGGAACGGCGCGCAUCCUAAUAAGAAGAACGGCGUACGAAGCUCAUUGGACCCCUACGCUGCGUUGGUUAAUAGGAUGCCUCCCGCUGGGGCUAAGAAGGUGAAAACAACUAAGGAACUUCUAGCACAGAUCCAGUCUAGAGGUACAGCGCCCCGUUCACCUUCCCCCGGCUCGCCCGCCUCGCCCGACGUGCUGCUCAUCGAGCCCGACGAAUCGAGUCUAAUCAAGCCAGAGUCUCCGCUCCGCAACGGCGGCGCCUCCCCGCGGCCCCCCUCCCCCUUCCAGGCUCCAGCACCGGCCCCCGCCGCGCCCGCCUCCCCCCUGGCGCCCCUCGAGGACCCGCGGACAGUCCAGGACUGCACGUGCGGCGAGGAACCUGAAGACGACUGUCCCGCUGCGCGUCGGACCGAGGUGCUGCCGGUCCAUGUCCACGCGCUGCACCACGCGUAUCUCCCGGGCAUCAACGGAACGAGAGCCCCCCUCCACCCCCACCAGUUCGCCGUCCGGAAACUAACAGACCCCGAGAAACCCGACCUCUUCACCUCCAUAGUACCCCUGUACAGCUACUCCGACUACGCGGACGACUACUGCGUCAAGAACAUGUCGCGCGUCCCGCUGUGCACGCAUUUACCCUGGACGGAGUUCGCGCCCGCCCCGCCCGAGCCCGCGCCCGCGCCGGACCCGCCCCCGAUCCGCCCCUAUCCCAUCGACGAACCUAGUCCCGAAGUCAAGACGGAGGUCGAGGAUGAGGAUGAGGAUGAAAAAAGUCAGGACAUGGAAGUGGACGCAAAGGAGGAAGUGAAAGUGGAGCCCAGUGAACGUUUGAAACCGACCGAGGAGACGGUGUUAAAAGUGAUAAAGUGUGAGAGUGCCAGUGCAGUGCCGGACGAGUUUGCGAGUGAGCAGAAAGAUCACAGGACCGUGGAGAAGACGAAAAGUUCCCUCAACGGCCAGGAGUUGUACGAUACGUGUCAGAGCGCGAUAGAUUCUAUACCGUUCGUGUACGGGCAGACGUUCGCCGCGCCGACCGUGACGCUUCCCGAGGAGUCCACAGAGGUGAGUGACGCGUUAGAAUCCGCUCUCGCUACUGCCGCUGAGUCGACAGAGAGAGAUAACCUAGGCCGGCCGUCCCGCUCGGGCGCGUUCGCCGAGUGGCACGAGUGUGCUAAGUUAGGCGAGCUGGUCGCGCUGCCGUACGUGGUAAUCGAUUGAUGUGAUACUGCUAGAGUGCCAAAUCUCGGCGCGGCUCCGAGCUUCCGUUGUUCCGACGUUCCAAGUGUCCUUACGUUAGUUUUAAAUGUACAUAGCGGUGUUGGAUGUGUGCCCUCGAAUAUGUACAUACUAUAAUUUAGCUAAUGUAGUUAGGACGAAAUCAAUGAGACUGCUGCGGGGUGGUUUUUUAACAGUGCGCUAACAAGCUUUUGAGUUUGCAAAAAUUUAUUUUGUGUCGAUAGUCGCGUCACCUGAUGUGUUUAGUCAUGUAUUUAUUUUAUAUUGUUUUAGGGGUUCACCGUCGUUUCAUUUACAAAUAUUUAAUUGAAUGUAAUGUUUAGUUAAAUGUUUCAAUUGACCUAAAACAAUUUCAACUGUUGUUAAACAGACCUUACCUAUCAUGAUACAUUAGUGUUAUCUAAAAUGAUGACGUAGAUUAGUUUAAUCAUUGAUUUGGUUUUAUUUCCUGUCUCAGUACUGUCACAUUAGGUCAAAAAGACAUUGAACCAAAUAAUACAUUCGAUCAAAAUUUUUAGGUCAAAUGACGGUACCCGAUUUAGGUGGAUAUAUUACGGUGGAUCGCUGUCAACUGUUGUGAUAUGAGGCGCGUUAUGGUCCGUGGGUCUACAAGGGGCCAACUAGUUUAUAAACCAAACCAAUCAAAGAUUGACUCAUAUCUAGAGCUGCCGUCCGGAUUUCCCCGGAGUCUUUGUAGUCCUACCAGAGGCCAUUCGGGUUUGAAAAGCGUCUGGGUAUAACCUGGUCACUUUUAGUGUUAGGGCAAUCCCUACACCUUUAUUUUUGUAAUAAAAAUAUUUAUUCUCAGGCUUUUGAACCUUAUUUUUAGUCCGGCACUUGACUCUGGCAGCUCUUGUCAUAUACAAACUGUAACGGCUUGAAGGUCUGAAUAUUGGCCAUCGCAAUUCUCUCUUAUGUGAUAAGAAUGGACUGUAUCAAUGUCUGCACUGAAUUCCAAAAUGUACUUCCUUUCGUUAGACUAAUGUCGGCAGUUUUGUUUGUCUGACUUGGCCUGAAAGCUUGAUGAGGGUUUGUAGAAUGCUUUUGAAAUAAAAUUGUAACCUUAACAUGCACAUAAACAUGACUGGUAAGUCCAGCCAUACUGCUGUUUGCCAUUGUCAUGAUUUAAAAGAUAUCUGUCACUUAUCAAAGGUUAUCAAUAGGCAAAUCGUUUUUGUUUUGCAAUUAUUGAUGAAGAAAUAUAGUCGAAAGUGCAAGUGGGUGUAGUAAUCACCCUGAACAUCUUAUCAAUUAAUUUCUAUUGAUUUAUUUAUAUUGAUUUGUCUAUUUUAAAAAGGUUCUAGCAUCAGCCUUGUAUUGUUAGCUUACCCGUCAAGUUUAAGGCUGAACUGAUCAGCAGUCAUCAUCUGCUUCCAAAACUAUAGAUCCACCAAAUAUUUGUAUAGAAACAAAUUCCCAAAUAAGACAAAAAUCUCCAGACUGUUUCGUAUUGAGUUAUAUUGUUACCGAAUGUGAUUUAUAAAGAGAAAAAUUAGGUAAUUAAUAAUAAUAGGAGUUCCAAUUGUAUAUUAUACGUAUAUAUUGCUAUAUCAACCAUUCUAAAUAUCAAACAAAGUUAUAACUAGAAUUAUCAAUUAAAUUAUUCAACUAAAUUUCUUGUUAAAAAUUAUACUUCCACUGCAAUUCAUACUUUUCUAUAAUAAUUGGAAGUUUUUAAUUUUUAAUGAUAAAUUAAGUUAAAUAAUAGAAGACCACUGUACGAUUUGUAAUUGUUUGUUAAGCAAUUAUCCUUUAAGUAUCUCAAGUGAAUGAAAUUGGUUUACAUAAUUAUUGCUGGCUAUUUACUAUCAGGAAAUAACAGUUUUUACAGAUUUUUUAUACUAAUAUAUGUGGUUGUGUAAGUCAUCUAAUAUGACAUGUAAAAUGUAUAUUACCUAUAUUAUAAGUACAAUAGAAAUGAUAAUGUUAUGUUUAUGCUUCAAGUAAAAUGUCCUACCUAACCAAUGUGUUCAAAAAUCCUUUUAUUAUUCAACUUGUAGUAUUGCAAGUAUUUAAAUGCUGUUAUUUUCACUGAUAGUAUUUGACUAGCUAUUUGUGACAUUACUGACACAUUUACUUUUGUAAUUAAUACUUUAUUUUAGUCUUCCACCUUUCCACAUUCAAUUUUCGUGACUAGUGAGAUAUAGUCUAAUAGUGGUCUAAUACGAAAGAGACGGAUAUUUGUUGUAAAAGCCCAAUGUCACAUGUUAUUGCCAACCAUUUAUUUUAUAUGGCAAAACACAUUUGAAAAACUGUCAAAUUAAUGAUUGGGCUAUUAUGGAUGUUGUCAAUGAGGGCUAACGCGUAUGAAUUCGCCGCUAGGGGCGCUAGUGUAGAUGGUGGUCUUUUCCAUAGUUCGAAAUGUCAAAUGUCACUUGUCACUUUAAUGACUGACAGCUGUUCUUUAGUCUUUUGGACCACCAUCAACAGAGGCGCCAACUGGUGAGCAAAAAAACGAUAGCCCUCAUUGUACAGUUCAUAUUAAACAUAAUAUUGUCAUUAUUUCGUUCGUAUCCCAUAAUUCAAUUGAAAUCUAGUCUUUCACAUAAUUAUACACAGUUUCACACACAAAUCAUACAUACAUAUAGUGACUAUAUUACAUUUCUUUCAUUCAUUAUCCUAAAAAGCAAAUAUGCGUUUAACAUACGUAUUUAAAUUUGUUUCAAACCAAACAAUCGCAUUUAUAUUAGUGCCUUGAAUUUAUUUUAAGAUCUAUUUUUGAAGAGAGAAAUCUUCAUAACAAGCUUUCGUUCCUAAAACUAUCAUUUUAAGUGUAUACUCAUACUAUAUAAGUUUAUAAAUGUAUCAGUAAUGUUACAACUGCCAACGAGUUGGUACAACACUUGUUUACCACCUUUAUGUACAAUUAGGGUUAUCUGACAGAAUACGGAGAUGUACACCUCUUAUUCUAACAGAUAAUGUUUCAGUUGUAAUGUACGGACGCUACACACGUAGAAUUUCGUACAUGGACCUGCCUGUUCCUGUCUCUAUCGCCGUAAUUGGUGUCCCGCCCAUAACGCCAGCGGUCAAUGACACUGCGAGUGGGACUGCAAUAUGCGCGUGCGAUAGAGAUAGGAAUGGCGGGUCAAUGUACAAAAUUUUUCUUCCUUAGCAUCCUUGUGAGAUGGGUCGUAAAUGAGUGUCAGUGUGGGGUCCCGGGGUGGUAAAGGGGUAUCGCUGCCGCCUGCGGGCGCGCGCGGCUCAGUGAAUCUGUCAUUACUCUGUUAUUUUUGUAUUGUCAUUCGGUUUACAGAUGUGAUGCAGAAAAACUUUCAAAGAUUUGAAAUGUUGUUGGAAACUUAUCACGGUAAUCUAAAAGGUAAAAGUUUUCGAAGUUUCGAGAGUUUCCGAGAUCAUUUUAAGUGGAAAUUGUCUGUCGUUACAUCGGUCGCAGUUUAGAGAUAAUGAUUUAAUUUCAAUAUAUUGAUUAUACUCAUUGAACUGCGAUGUUAAAAUAUUAUGUUUUUAACCUUAUGUUAUGUUUUUCACCUACUUGAUAGGAUGGUCAGUAAUCACAGUACUUUUUAGGUUUCUAAAGUUAAAAAAUGUACUGGGAUGAUUAUCUGUCAUCUGUUCAAAUACUUUGCCUAUUAUUUUGUGUUUUGUAUGAUGAUAAUCAGUCAAUUAUACAAAACCACUUGUUAAAUUGUGUUUUUAUUAAUUUUUAACAAAUCAUCAUACUAUGUAUAACUUUGUACAGUCAAUCCGUUUGCUCAAUUGCUAUAAAUACGUACAGUAUUAUUAUCGGAUUGUACUGUACACAAUACAAAGCCAAAUUAGUUGUUAUAUUUGUACAUAUUGCAUUCGUGUUUGUUUAUUAUUUUAACCUCCUAAGGCCCAAGGUCCUACCUAUAGUACAUCUUCAGUUCGAUGAAAUUUAUGUCCUAUACAACAAAGAACAAAGUCGCUUUUGAUUUGUUUCGUUCAAUUCUCCAACAACGCAAAAUCAACUUUAUUUCCUAUACUAUAGGUUCAAAUUUCGGUGGCCAAUUUUGUGUUUUUCAUUUGUAUAGCUGGGCCUUAGGUUAAACUGUUUUCUUACUCUUUUAUCUUGAAUUUAAUGUUAUUUUCUCUAAAUAGUUAUAUUUUUUGUACAAUUUCUAACCAAAUGGAUUUAAACCAUAUUAAAGAUAUAUGAGAAUGAGCAGCAUAUCAUAGAACAUCGAAAUUCUAAGUUCAUAGUUGUAUGACAUGAAUCUUUGUUGUAUGAUAUGUUGUAUUUGUAUUCACGCUCUCUUCCUCUAUAUUAAAAAAAAACAUUUGUACUCUAUUCCUACUACUCUGUUACAUUAUGACUGUAAAAGAAUAUACCGAUGUAGUGCAUAAUUAUUUUCCAUCGUAUUUUCACGGAAACGAAAGUAGCAUCAACGUGUCUUGCUAUUUCAGUCAGUUUCGGUACAAAAAGUACUGAGGUUGACUGAAGUAGCAUGACAAAUACGAACGUUUCCGAGAAUAUACGAUGGAAAACAAUUAUUCACUACAAAUGUACACAUAGAAUACAAUGUCGUGCAGUAGUUCAGCCAAUUAUAUAAUUGUACAGAUACUAAUAGUUGUAUAUCAUUGGCGGAACGACUGUCACAUGGUUUGGUUUGUUUACGUUCUUUAAUGUGCUAAUGAAUUAUACGUAUAUUCAUUUCUGUGUAGCCUCUAAAGAUGUUGCUAACUGUACAGUUAGAAUCAGAAGUAGCUAUGCGGACGAGAUCUCAAAAUGACCAUAAGUAUUUUUAAAAACCUUGGGAACAAAUCAAAUUAUUAAAUAUUUUGAUUUGUGUUUUUUAAGUAGACAUUACUAUACACGGUGGCAAAAAAAUAAGUGCAUUCCCGUUGCCAGGGAGGUUUUGGGCAACCUAUUGAGCAACUUUUACCAUGGGACCAACCCCGAAAUCGCAAAAAAAUACGGCUGUUUCAUACAUUUUGGCUGGUCCAUUUUCAAUGGGAAGGUAAAUUUUUUUUUCACCUCAGCAGCUCGAACAAGCCUACUUUCGUCACUCCCUGGAGUGAGGAAAGUGCGACUUUCCUCACUCCAGGGAGUGAAACAAUGUAGCUUUUUAAUUUAGUCAAGGCCAUGAACUUCAUACUUUUAUUAUAUAUUUUUUUAUGGUACGGUACGGUACGGUACGGUACGGUACGGUACGACACGGUACGGUACGGUACGGUACGGUAAUAUGUUCUCACUACUGAGGUGAAAAAUUAUGUGUGCAACACGAGAGCAAAGUAAUUUUACAUCUCGUGUUUUUGAGUCCCUCGCUACGCUCAAGAUUCUACCUUAGAAUCACUCGCUUCGCUCGUGAUUCAAUUAUAGCAUCUUUCGCUUUCUCGGGACUCAAAAUAAACACUCGCAAGAAAAACCAACUUUCCUCUCUUGUUGCACAAAUAACUAUUUCGCGAUUUCGUGGUUUGUCCCAUAAUAAAAGUUGCUCAGUAUAAUCCCAAAACCUCCCUGGCAACGGGAAUGCACUUAUUUUUAAGCCAACUUGUAUAUAAAUUAUAAACUGUAAUAGAUGGCAUAUAUUAAAGAAAAACCGGCCAAGUGCGAGUCGGACUCGCCCACCGAGGGUUCCGUACUUUUUAGUAUUUGUUAUAGCGGCAACAGAAUUACAUCACCUGUGAAAAUUUCAACUGUAGCUAUCACGGUUCAUGAGAUACAGCCUGGUGACAGACAGACGGACAGCGGAGUCUUAGUAAUAGGGUCCCGUUUUUACCCUUUGGGUACGGAACCCUAAAGUGACUAAACCCUCCAGUGGUGAAGGCCGGACCCGAAUCGGCGUCCCUAGCCAAAAUAUUUAAUAAAAUUGAUUUGUUUCUAAAAUUGAUCUAUUACUGUUCACAAGUUUUUUGUCAAAAUUUUAAUACAAGCUUUUGUCGCUGACUAUACUUUUCUUUCCAGAGACAACUAAUACUCAUCGAAACAAUUCUAACAAUUGCGUUGUUUUAUCACAGAGUUCCUAUGGCCACCUCCUGUCUCCAUCAGAUCAGCUCGAUGGCACCAUAAUAUUGCAUUGUCACCCAAUUUUUUUAUUUUUUUUCUCUUUAUUUUGGCACAAACAGUCAUUACAGAAAUGUGACAUUGAAAAGUAUUACAUAUAAUAUUGACAAUACAGUGCCGAAACCGUAAAUUUAGUUACACAUGUAUGCAAAUUUUCAGCUUCAUUGGCAGUUACAUAGGUUAAAUACAUACAUACAAUGUAAGUUAAAUAAAAGCUUGUGAUAUAACAACAAAGUUUGAAAUAACUCAGCCACUUAGCCACUACGGUACUAUCCUGUACACAGUUGAUUGCUAGUCGUAAACCUCACUGCAAGGAAACAAGGUCUAAAAUUGUCAGUUAAGUAUUGUUAUUGGUAUGAUUAUUGUAAGACAGAUUCACUGCGCUACGCGUAAUAUUGGCCUUACGCGGUUAUCAUACCGAUGCAAAUUCGCACGUCGCUCUAAUAUGACAAUGUCAGCGCUUAUAUGUGACAUUUUCAACCAAAAAGUACCACAUUGUCGCUUGUCAAUAAGGUUGGUUUUCAAUUGAAGCUAUAUGGAAAUAGCGCCUUAUUGACAUCCGACAAUAAGUACCCUUUUAAUUGAGAAUGGCACAUAAAGCGAUUAGCGAAUUCGCAUCCAAUGUGGCCGCCUUAGAGCGGGCGCCGCCGCGCGCGGGGCUUGUAUAGAAUUCGCUAAAUGCCUUGCUGGACGAGCUCCAAGAAUUUGGUAAAAUACAAAAGCAAAAUAUAUGUGUUUUUAUUACGA